AUGCUCAUAAGAAAACUUUCUUUUUUACGUUUCCCCCAAACAGAAAUCGUCCUUUUUUUGUUAAAACAUGAGGGAGUUUCCACUGUGAGCCUUGGCGGCAAGUCCAAAGGUGCAAUUCGUUUUUGCACGCCAAGAAGCACCACCUUCAGUUCGUUAUGCAGCGCGGGAAUGGGUAAUCGCCCCCUUGGGGGGGAUGCCCUUUCUUCCAUUGAACAGGCGGCGCAGGGUAUGAAUGAGGAAAGCAGCGCCGCCCCAGGGAAGUGCACACCAACCCAUUGUGAUGAAGGCAAAGUGCGUAGUAACCACCAUAAUCUCAACGGAGAUGUGCAGGAAAAAGACGAUGUGUACGAAAACAGCGAGUGUGUUUACAUUAAGGGAGACAGGAAAUUCGUUGUGCGCAGGCGAAGAGGGGCGACAUGUACAGGGGGUUCCUCUGACGGUGAUGCGGUGGGGAUGAGUGUCUACCGGGGUGUCCAACCCGGGUGGGAUCAAAAUGAGGAGGUCCUCACAAAGGGAGAACCCAUGAUAAUCCCCCAAUUGAGUAAGGAGCACGAAGCUGAAGAUUCCAAUUUAUCCUUUUCGGAAGGAGGAAUGAUUUGGAGUUCCCCCUCGAAGGGGGGAUCCAGAUUCAUAACCAAUGCCGAAAGUGAAUCCCCCGGGAAAAAUUGCGCACACCAAAGUGAUGAAGGAGCUCCCUGGGAUGCCCCCAAGAAUGAAGCUCUAAUGAAAAUCCUCACCGAACCCACUGACCACCUGAUGAUGCGAAACGAAAGACGCUUCUGUGAUUUUCUGUGGGUAGUAGCCAAGUCUGGAAAAGGAGGAGAGCCAAACUACAAAAGACGAAGGAGUAAAAAGUUAAAGGGCGAAGGAUAUGGAGGACACGGAGGAAAUGUCAUCUUGAAAAGUAAAAAAAGCAUAUACGAUUUAAUAAAAAUAGAACAGAAAGUUAAAGCAAAUGAUGGAGAAAAUUUUAAAGAAAAUAGUCGAGGAAAAGAUGGUAGUGACAAAAUUGUAUUCGUCCCCGUAGGAACAAUUGUACGAAAGAGAAUUUACUGUAAAAAAAAAAAUGAAAAUAAUAGGAAAAUGUAUAAGAGUAUUUUUUGGCAUCAGUUUUUAAAAGAAAAUGAGGAACUCUUGGUAGCUCGUGGAGGAAAAGGAGGCAUAUCAUAUUCCUUUUUUAAAAAACAUGAUUAUAGAUUACCCGAGAAUGGGGAGAAGAUGCUCCUUGAAUUGGAGCUCCGCCUAAUGAACGAUGUAGCCUUCAUUGGCAUUGGAAACAGUGGGAAAACAUCCCUCUGUAGUAGCCUCAGUAGGUAUUAUGGGAAUAUUAGUAGUCAAAUAUUUAGCACCACCAUACCACACGUUUCGAACAUUAACUACAUCGAUGGGGUAGAAAUAACUCUUCUGGAUACCCCCUUCCUUUUUUAUAACGCACACAAGGAUUCUAGCCGUGGAAAGAGAAUCCUCAGACACUUAUAUAGAAGCAAGCUUAUCGUUUACGUCAUCGACGUUGCGAGUGACAAACUGGAGAAUGUGGACGACACUCAGGUUGAGGACUACUACACGGAGAGUCUAAAGCGGGCGAAUAGCAAGGCGUCUGAUGGGGGAAAAACGAUAGACGCGGUGGAAGCAGGGGAGGAGGAAGUAUUAAAAGAGAGCACACAUAAGGACAAUUGCACCGAUGAGAGAAGUAACCAUAUGCACGCAUCAAAAGAAGUUCGUGCCAACCUCAAGGACUACCAUAACGAUACAAUAAAACAAAUAAAAAUGCUAAGAAAUGAACUCUUCCUUUUCAAUCCAGAUUAUUUAAAAAAAAAAGAACUUGUGGUUGCCACCAAGUGUGACAUGCUACACAAAAACGCUCUACUCAAUUUAGACUCCCUAUAUUUCCGUCUGAAAAAUAUAUUCCCCCAUAUAGAAGUUAUUGGAACCUCUGCCAAAUUCGGUCUAGGCAUAAAACUCCUGAGCAGGAAGAUACGGGAACUUAUCUACCCUGAGCACGUCUUAAUGAGUAACAAAAUGUACGCCAAGAACAUAGAGGACUAUAUCAUUCCUACGCAGAGCCACGCCAAGGAGGGACAACGGCGAUUGCAGAAUUAUGAGCUACCGGAGAAUGUCAAACAUAUCUACGAUCAUAACUAUAUGGAAAACUUCGAUUACUUUUUGAAGAAGCCUCGUGGAAAGAAGCAUGAUGUUGGUGUUAGCGACUCUGAAGAUGGUAAAAAUUUGUUAACGAGUGGUGGUGCUGUAGGCGACACAACCUAG